AUGUCGGUGAGACCUAUUGAUACGGUGGCGGAAGUGGAGAGCUCCGAAGAGACUGAGCUCGAGAUGGAGGAGCGGGAGGAUAGUGAAGAGGACGUGGGGACGACGGACGGACGGGUUGUGGACCGGCGUGCGGACGAAGCAGCUGCUGGACUCGCGACCGGUCAAUGGGACGAUAUCGAGGCAACGUCGGACGCGGUUUCGGUAUCAGAGACUUUGGAAAUGACGCGGGACACGACAAGUGCUACUGCUGGUGCUACAGCGACUGCUGUUGUCGGUGGCGACGACGUGUGUGUCGAUGAACUCGUUGGUGGUGUGCUGAAACAAGUCGGUGCUGUCGAAGGUGCUGCUGACCAAAGUCCGGGUGACGAAGGGCAGGAGGUGGUGGGUACAGAGCUUGAGGAAGAAGCUGCUUCGGUUGCAGCAGACGACAGUGUCGCGACGCCUGCCACGGACGCCAAUGUGACGGCACUUGCUGCUGUGAGCGAGUGCGAGGAAGGAGAAGACGAGAGCGUGCAGUUCAGCAAUGAGUUUGAGGUCGACACGAGGCCGAUCAGUGCUGUGUCGAUGCUCAUCAGCCGCUUUGAGAGCCUCGCAAGACGCAAUGCUGAAGAUGCAGUGAGUGCGCGGACGUAUUCGGUUCGUGAUGCACGUGAUUUUGAUGUCUCAGUGCUUCCCACGCCGCCUUCGACGUGGUCCCGUAGAAGUGCUUUGUGGACUGCAGCAAAGGCGAAAGCGCAUUCGACGCAGUCACAACUCGAGGACACAGCCAAGGAGAGUCCAGAGACGGAGAUGGAGGACGCAGAUGCAGCGCUCGAUGAGGCUGUUGCAUCCGAGAAGACACUCGAGGACGCACCGGCUGAAGCAGUAGCUGCUGAGGUACUUGCCACAACGGAGACGGAGGACGCAGAUGUAGCGCUCGAUGAGGCUGUUGCAUCCGAGGAGACACUCGAGGACGCACCGGCUGAAGCAGUAGCUGCUGAGGCACCUGUUACAACGGAUACGGAGGACGCUAGGACAAUGAACGAGACGGACGAGUGCGCUCAAGAGGACAGUGUGAUCGCUACUGCGGACGCUGAUGGUGGUACGUCUGCUCAAGUUUUUGUGCCGGAAGCCUCUUCUAGCGAGACGGUUGUGAAGGAAUGGACUGUCGAGGCAGAAGAUGUCGUGGACACAGCGGACGCGAUCGAGGAACCUCCGGUUGCAUUAGGUGAGUCAGUCGUACCAGAGUUGAUUGAGGACUCGACGGACGUCGUCAAGCAAACGUGUGCCGCCCAAGACGACAAGACUGGGACCGCUACCACGUCAAAGGUCAAGACUGUCAGGUUUACUGACAGUACAAACCCGGGAGAAGCUGAUGCAACAGAUGCUGGAGCUACUGAGGCUGAUGAAGCUGUCGAAGAGACUUCGACCGUUGUCGAUAUUACUGAUGAGGUCGCAGAAGACGGUGUCGAAGAGUGCAUGACAGAAGAGGUGACCAGCUAUGACGAAGCGACUGACGCGUCGAGUUUGCCCGUCAACGGACUCGAAGCUGACGCGGUGGCACACGGUCCUGCCCAGGCUUUCCACGGAGUCGACGAAGAUGCUGUGCCAGCUGUGGUGCUGUUGAUUGAGCGAAUCGAAGCUGCUGUCGCUGACGCCGAUGCCUCUUCGCCGAUGAAGAAACGAGUUGAAGAGCCAUCGAGCGACUCGGCGGCGUCGGUAGUGAAGGAGAUGCCUUCUGUCUUCGAAGAGACCGGGAAGGAGGAGGUGCUUUGCGUUGACAAUGAGGCUGAGCAUUCGACGGCCGAUGGCGACUGCGUCAAGGACAAGUCCAAUUUGAUCGAGAGGAGGACGCCUGAGGUUGUACGAGAAGCUCCAAGUGUGCAGGCGAAAGAUAGUGCCGUGGCGAGUGAAGCCACUGCAAAGGUUCUGGUGGGGGCAGCAGGUGCAAGUCACUUGACAAGAUCAGUUGCGGAUGACAUGACGAUCGUAGAGACGACACCGGAGCGCAACUCUUCGCAAACGAGUGCCUACGAUCACCUGACGUACGAGAUCCUCGGCGUGACGCGUGCGAACAAAGUGAUGAUGUACCACAUUUACGCGAUCCACCGCGUGACGGGCGAGCGCGUGACGUCUGUUCCGAAGCGCUACUCCGACUUCAAACUGCUGGACGAACAGCUCCGAGCAAUGGAUCUGCCAAGUGCAUGUGGUUUGCCAGAGCUGCCAACGCCCACGGUCCGCAGCUUUUUGCGUGGCCGUCGCAGCAAAAAGACGAUCGAGAUCCGCGAGAGAGCGUUUGGAGGCUUUUUGCAUUACGUGCAAGAACAUGCCGAUCUGCAUGAGAGUGUCGCGUUUCAGCAGUUUAUCGCGGCGAACUAG